CGAGGCUGCCGAGUGCACUGCCGAGCGUCGAGCUUGGCUUUCAGUCAGACCCUGGUCGUCGGAGAGGAAGGAUGUGUCGCUUUGGCCCCGGUCACUCUAGCCACGUGUUUUCUGUCCUCCUAGCCAACAUGCCUCAGCUGGUGUCUGGCGGCUGUUGAUGUGCCUCUUGCAUCUCUUAGCCCCCUUUUAUCAAACUCUGAGUGUAUAGUAUCAAUUUGUUCUCAUUCUGAAACUAAACAGAUCACUUUUAAAACAUCAUUCACUCUACUCGGUAUUCCCUUCCAACUUCGAUUUCACUUCUGUCAUGCAUCGCCAGCCAGAAAGAAAGGCCUGGACACCAUUGUGAUAAACAUUUAAGUGCCGUGACUGACAGAUAGUGCGGAACGGCGGCACUUCCAAAUACGAGGGAGCGAAAAGACUAUUAAAGUGUCGUGUGAAAUGAUUUAAUAAACAAACUGAAAGAAACCAAUUCAUCCGUGAACAGCUGCGUCACAAAUAUUGGAAAAGUAAUUCUAAGACCAGGUGGGAGAAAAAAUUGUCACGUUCCCACUGUAUCCCGAAUAAAUAAAACUGAAGCAAAUGGAACGAACACAUUUGGAGACAUCAAGGAGCGGCAGAAGAGAAAGAUAGGAAGGAGAGGGCGUGCAGCAUAAACUGAACUGGAAGAGAAAAGGCAAGGAGACCAAGAAGUGAGAAGCGACGUCUAGAGGAGGAUGGCGGGGAGACUAAAGGUUCUGCUCCUGCUGGCGACGUGGAUUGUAGUGAACGGCGUCGUCUGUGAGCUUCAUGAGGGACAACCCAACGUGUGCAGGUACGAGAGGGCGGAGCAGGUGUCGGUGCGGGUGCCGUCUGUGCGUGCCUUCACCGCCUCCGUCAGGGUGUACAGGCCGGGAUGCUACACCGACAAGCCAGCCUGCAUCAAGUAUGAGAAGAGGACGCUGUACCGCACGGUGUACCGGGACCAGCAGGAGGAGAGGACCCAUACCCUGACCGCCUGCUGCCCCGGCUGGUCGAGGAGCGGCGGGAACGACAGCGAUGUGGGAGGAGCAGAGCAGCGACAGCCGGAGCAUCAGGAGGAACAUGGAGGCGAAGGAGGGACUGACGGCUGCCAAUACAGGAGUCCAGACCUCCCUGAAGACGGUGGGCGGGAUAUUAUUCACGAGGGGAAGAUGUUUCGCCUGGUCCAUCCCGCCCAGGGGAGGCAGAACGCGUCUGUUGCCCUUCACCGGCUGGCUGGCGCGCCAAACGGUCCAAGUAAGGCGGGAACCCAACGAGACGCGACUACUAGCACUCACGCCUUCAAGGAGCCCCGCGGCGCCCACCCGGGGAAGGAGACGGAGCUGGCGGGAGGCCUCGUGUCGCCUGUUUUACUUGAUCACUUCCCAGCGACGAGGGACGCGAACAAGGUAUCCACUGCGGCCACGCAGACAACGACGAGACUCAGGCACCAUCGCGGCCCCCAGCGACACAGCAGGCGGCACAGCAGGAGGCAUUAUCGCGACGGUGCCAGGAGGUCGAGCGACAGACACCGCCACCACCAUCACCACCCCCGCCGCUACAGGGGCCGCUCGCUCACCAGCCGAGACGAGGGCGUGCACGUGGAGACCGUCUAUGAGAAUGGCAGCAACAGCAACCGGUACCGCUACAGCAACAGCGGCGACAAUGGGACGGAGUACGACGCCUACAGCUACACCAUCAUCCUGGUGAACGGAGAGAGCAGCGAGCAAAAAGCUGCGGCUGGACCGGAUCAGCAGCCUGGGGAGGCGGUGACGCAGGUGCCGCGCCCCGAGGAGGCUGAGGAGGACGCCUCUCGCGGCAGAUCCUACGCAGCGUGCGGCCGCGUCUUCUGCUACAACGGAGGGCGAUGCGUCUACAACCGCUGCAUCUGUCCGCGAGGGUUCCACGGCUCCCGCUGCCAGUACGACCGCGACGAGUGCCAAGUGAACAACGGCGGAUGUGAACACUCUUGCAAGAACACCGUCGGCUCUUUCCUGUGCUGCUGCAGCCCAGGGUUCAGACUCAGGCACGACGGUAGAUCAUGUCAAGACGUGAACGAGUGCGAGUUCCACAACGGCGGGUGUUCUCACGAGUGCGCCAACACGGUGGGGUCUUACCGCUGCCUCUGUGAACCCGGCAGUCACAUGUUGCCUGACGGACGAACCUGCGUUGGUGGAGCUUCGUGUGCCGAAAGGAAUGGUGACUGCGACCAUUUUUGUGAUGACACAAGGGGCUGGGCAGAGUGCUCCUGUCGCCCUGGGUACAGACUCGGGCGGGAUGGUAAGUGGUGUGAGCCCCUUGACCCGUGCCUUGUGGACAACGGCGGGUGUCAACAAACCUGCUUGACAGAGCAAGGCCAUGUCCGCUGCAGCUGCAGAAGAGGUUUCACUUUAACCAACGACCUUGUUUCAUGUGUUGACCUUGACGAGUGUGCGAUCCCUGAUACAUGCAGCCACCAGUGCCGCAACACAUGGGGCUCCUACGAGUGCGUCUGUAACACGGGUUAUCAACUUGGCACUGACAACAGAUCCUGCUUCAUGAUUGACAUGGAGGUGAUCAACUCAUGCAUCGAAAACAACGGCGGCUGCCAACACAUGUGUCGCCACAGCCCAAGCGGUGCCGUGUGCACCUGUCACCCGGGCUACGAGCUGGAGGCAGAUGGCCGCACCUGCCAGGAUGAGAACGAGUGCGGAGCACGGACCCACCGGUGUCAGCAGGAAUGUAUCAACACAGCCGGGGGUUAUUUUUGCGCCUGUACCCAAGGCUUCACGCUGAGCUCUGACACCUUCACUUGUCUGGAUGUCGAUGAGUGUUCGAUGGAAAAUGGCGGCUGCGAACACGAGUGUCAGAACACACUGGGAUCCUUCACGUGCUCCUGCCUCAGAGGCUACGUGAUAGUCGACGGUGUUCACUGCGACACGGUGAGCGGUGACUAUGACAUCGACUACUCUGGCCUCAGCAUCCACAGUGAUCAGGACAUUGGCACUGCGACCCUGGAGGACCACUCGCCGGUGCUGAACAGCUCUGGAACUAUAAAUAGAGACUUAUGGAACGACGUGACCUACGCCGAGUACAGCAAGACAACGACACUCCAGACACGAUGUGUUGCAGGGAACUUUGGACCUAACUGCUCCUUAACGUGUGGCGACUGUCCGGGGGAGUGUGACGCGUCGGGCUGUGUGUGUCCACCGGGCCGGACUGGCGACCGCUGUGACCUCAACUGUCCUGCUGAUUUCUAUGGGCGUGGCUGUAAUGAGGUGUGUCGUUGUGAGAAUGGCGGCACGUGUGACCCCGUAACCGGCAGAUGCACGUGCCCGCCGAGUGUGUCCGGCGACCACUGCGAAGAUGGCUGUCCCGCAGGGUAUUACGGGGCGCAGUGUGACCGGCGCUGCCCCAUGAUGUGCCCCAACAUGCGCUGUAACAAAGUCUUCGGCUUCUGCGAGUGUGACCCUGGACGCUUCGGGCCCAAGUGUAACAUGCCGUGCCCUUCCCUCACGUGGGGUCCAAACUGCCGCCACCAGUGCCUGUGCCAGGCCCGUUCGACGUCCCGGUGCCAUCCAGAAAGCGGUGUGUGUGAGUGCAAGCCAGGAUACGUUGGCGAGGACUGUUCUAAGGAGUGCCCUGAGGGUCGCUGGGGCGCAGGGUGUUUGCACGAGUGUCAGUGUGCUAGCGGGGCCACGUGCCACCCCGCUACAGGUGUCUGUGGCCUAGACUGCCCUCCGGGCUUCAUGGGAACAGACUGUAACACACCGUGUGCGGCAGGGCACUACGGGCCGGGGUGCAUGAAGGCGUGCAUGUGUGGUCUGCGGCACUGCGAUCCCAGCACCGGCGUGUGUCUCUGUCCUGCCGGGAAGAAAGGACCCAACUGUAACCAAGCGUGCUCUGACGGGGAAUAUGGCCACAGCUGCCUGAAGACGUGUGAGUGCAAGAACGGUGCCACGUGCAACCCUGUGACCGGAAAGUGCCACUGUCCUUCAGGAUACGUGGGGCCGACAUGUGAGGCGCGGUGCCCAGCUGGCCGGCACGGCGUCAACUGCAGUGAAACUUGUGGUUGUCUGAAUGGUGCCUCGUGUCACCACAAAACAGGCAGGUGCCAGUGUCGUGCAGGAUUCACAGGUUUCAGCUGUGGUCAGCCGUGCCCUCUGGGACGAUUCGGGGGGGACUGUGUGUCAGUGUGUGACUGCAAUAACAGCGGCAGCUGUGACCGUGUGACUGGGGAAUGUAGCUGCGCCCCAGGAUGGCGGGGCUCUCGGUGCGACAUCCCAUGCAAGGUGGGCAGCUAUGGGGCCGGAUGUGCCAUGAACUGUAGCUGUGCUAAUGGAGCCGAGUGUGACCACAUCUCUGGCGCUUGUGUCUGCAAGCCAGGCUGGCGAGGAACAUUUUGUUCCAGGCCGUGCCCGGACGGCUUCUGGGGCAUGGAGUGUCGCUAUCAGUGUGACUGUGACAAGGGGGCAACCUGCAACCUGGCGACAGGCGUGUGUUCAUGUCCACCGGGCAAGCAUGGCCACCACUGCUCCAAGACCUGUCCGAGUGACCGGUGGGGAAGCGAUUGUCAGCAUGCAUGUCUGUGUUACAAUGGAGGGGUCUGUGACCGCGUGUCCGGGGCUUGUGUGUGUCCUGCUGGCUACAUCGGUGCCACAUGUCAAGACAGGUGUCCUAACGGCACCUUCGGCAGUGGAUGUCAGCAAACCUGCCUGUGUCAGCAUGGCGCCAGCUGUCAGCACAACACAGGAGCAUGUGUGUGUCCACCAGGCUACACCGGCACCUACUGCGAGCGAGUGUGCGGGCCGGGGAGGUACGGGCCAGGGUGCAGCCUCACGUGCCAGUGUGCGAACGGCGGCGAGUGUGACGCAGUAAGCGGUGCUUGCAAAUGUAUGCCAGGCUGGUGGGGGCCCCACUGCAACAAGUCUUGCCCACUAGGGAAAUGGGGCGCGGGGUGUGAGCUAGUGUGUGACUGCGAGCAGGAGGCGCGUUGCCACCCCAUCACGGGCCAGUGCCAGUGCCCGCCAGGCUACAUCGGUGACAAGUGUCAGUUCAUCUGUGCCUUGGGUCAGUACGGGGUGAAGUGCAGCAAGGAGUGUCGCUGUGGCCCGUCCCAGUCGUGUGACCACGUGAGUGGGAGGUGCACGUGUCCCCCCGGCCGUGAGGGACAGCAGUGCCACCAGUACUGUGCCGAGGGGCUGUGGGGAGAGGGCUGCCGCCAGAAGUGUAAGUGUGCCGGAUCAUCUCUCUGCGACCCCAUGACUGGCGAGUGUUUCUGCCCCGCGGGGCUGAGGGGCAGGAAGUGCCACAGGGGGUGUCCAAGGGGACGCUACGGAGUCGACUGUAAACAGAAAUGUCAGUGUAAAAACAGGGGAACAUGCGACCGUGUAACGGGUCAGUGCCAGUGUCGCGACGACUACUAUGGUGCCACGUGCUCCCUCGCCUGUCCUUCUGGCACCUAUGGGCCGGGUUGCAACCAGACGUGUGAAUGUCAGCAUGGCGGGGUGUGUGACUCAAGCGGGGCAUGCAGCUGUCCGGCGGGGUACACGGGGCAGCUCUGUGAAACCACCUGCUCACCGGGCACCUGGGGACGCCACUGCCCCUCUGAGUGCCACUGCCAAAACGAUGCACUUUGCCAUCCAGCCACUGGGGAGUGUUUGUGUGGCCUGGGAUGGACCGGGCCACACUGCGACCAAGCGUGUGAGCCGGGCAAGUACGGACCAGACUGCCGCAUGGACUGUGCCUGCUACCACAACGCCUCCUGUGACCGCUUCUCGGGCUGCUGCGAGUGUAAGCCAGGCCGCUACGGACGCUACUGUGAACUAGAGUGCCCCCCAGGGUUCCAUGGUGAGUAUUGCUCCCGCGUGUGUGACUGCCGCAACGGUGCCUCCUGUGACCCCCAGAAUGGCCAGUGUCGCUGUCUGCCUGGCUUUAUGGGCGACACGUGUAAUGACGUCUGUCCCUCAGGCAUGUUCGGUACUCACUGCCGCCAGAAGUGCCACUGCGGGCCAUACACUUGCAGUAAGGAGACAGGGGAAUGCCAGUGUCCGCCAGGCAGAACAGGAACUAACUGUGCUAUGCCAUGCGGGGAGGGCAAAUACGGCCCCGGAUGUCGAAAGCUGUGUGAGUGCCACCACGGAGGCAGUUGUCACCCCGCCACGGGACACUGUACCUGCACGCCAGGCUGGCUGGGGCCCACCUGCCGUGAGGAGGACGUUUCGUACGUCACGACAAGCGAUCAACGCGGCCGAGCUGACAUUCCAGUGGAGCUGAGCUGAUCACGGAGGCAAUGAGGCCAGCGGCGACUCACUCACUUUCUGAUCUCUGAGGAGCCGUUGAUAGUGGUGGUGCCUCCUCUGUGUGUGUGCGUGUGUGUGUGUGUGUGUGUGUGUGUGUGUGUGUGUGUGUGUGUGUGUGUGUGUAAUUACCUAAUUGUAUUUACCUAGUAAUUUGUAUUUACAUACGAGAAAAGAGCUACGCUCGCGCUGUCCCGUCUCCAUAUCCUCUCUUAUCCAACUUUUCCUUAAAAUCAUGAAUGUUUCUUGCACAAACCACCUCCUCCUCCAGUCUGUUCCAUAGCUCAAUGCUUCUGUUUGGGAAGCUAAACUUUUUCACAUCUCGCCUGCACGUGGUCGCCCUCAACUUCUUUAUAUGUCCUCUCGUUUCUCUCUCGUUCCACACACACAGUUCCUCUCUGUUCAGAUUCUCCAUCCCACUCGCCACCCUGUACACUGCUAUCAGAUCUCCUCUCUUUCUUCUUCUCUCCAGGGUUGUGAGCCCCAUGCUAGAGUCUCUCCUCAUACGUCCGAUCACUAAGUUCCGGUACCAUCUUAGCUGCCACUCUCUGCACUUUUUCCAGUUUUCUUAUGUUCUUUUCGUGAGGAGACCAGACCUCUGAUGCAUACUCCAACCUUGGCCUUAUCAUUGCAACUAUUAUUUUCUUCAUCAAAUAAGUUAAAAAACUAAAAGCUAAAAAACUAAAAUCUCCCGGAGCUCUGUCACUCGCAUCCACGCAGGUCGGCAGCCGACCGACGUGUGUGUGUGUGUGUGUGUGUGUGUGUGUGUGUUAACUAAAUGACCCAGGAAGAUGAAAUCUGUUUAUACUAUACUGUGAAACUUGAUGUGAUAUCAGAACACUUAUCUGUGUUAGCAUAAUGCUCCUGACUUGGUUGACGCACGCAAUAAAAUCCUGCAAGUGUUGAUGGCAUGUUGAACAAAAGGGGUGUAGAAGUAUUAGAGUAUGUGGAUGUGAAAACUAAUCUAUGAAAUGUCCCCAGAUUUAGUAUAACAAGUUUCAUGACCCGGACAUGACUCAGAAGGACUCGGUGAAUGUGUCUAGUGACCUCAGUGAGUGUGUAUGCAAGGGUGGCAUUAUCCUGCCCUUCUACGGUGUGAAACAAACUAUACUAUGUACAAAUCUGCGGUGUAUAUUUGCCUGGAACAUUCUGUGGACUGUCAAAGUGGACUAAUCAAACAAACAAUUGUGCAGCUCAGCACUGGUGAUGUGUUCUGCUGCCAGUGCUUAGUGCUGCACGUCAGUUGGGGGAGUCGGGAGAUUAUGACUAUGCUCCUCAAUUUGUACUCCCCAUUCUAAUUAGUGCUCAGUUCAGAAAAAAAUAUAUAUAUAAUUCGGAAAUCUGAGCUGAGGCAUGAAAAUUAAAUAUUAUAAAACAACAUUUGAAGACACUUUAUUUUGACAAUAGUUCCUUUUCUGUGCGUCAGUUCAGUUUAUCAAAGGAUUUAUUUCCUAACAUGAGCAUUAAUUGUAAUGGUGAAGACCAGCUGGCGGACUGACCCCAAUGGAUGCAGGCAACACGAAGGUGAGCAGUGUAGUGCUAUUUGUAUGGGAUACUGGCGAUAAUCAAUUUCGUGCUGCAAUUUACGGCCCAUAUUUUUCUUCGGCAGUGGUUGUGCCGCUUAUGAAAAGGAAAGGGAUCAUGAUCAGUGUCUUGUUCUGCUCCAGGACACUGGAUGAACCAGGUGACGUAAGAUAUACAAUGACCUAACCAGCUCAUGAAAACCAUCACCCUGCCUCAGCAAGAUACCGUGAGAGAGGCGGUCAGUGUCUUGUUCUGCCCCAGGACACUGGACGGAUCAGAAGUACACCCGAUGGCAGGCCGGACCCUAUCUCUCCUUCGGGGGCCAAGUUGUGAUUUGCUUGGCAGGAGCCGUGGUGCGGAACACUGGAGGCUGAGUGUGACGCUCCUUGUUGGCCGCUAUGAUGAUGAUGUGGUUUGGCUACUACCAGCUGAGAGGCCACAGCAUGCUGUCCUGAAGACCGGCCAGCAACCCGGACUCUAGAGCAGUGGUUUGCAUUGGUUGGUGUAGCAGUGCUGGGAGGUGCCAUAACACUCCCCUCAACAACAGUCUCUUCACCGACAAGUAAUUCUUCACCAACAAGCUUUUCAGCAGCUUGGAGAAAUAGAAUUGAAUGGCUGGCGUCUCGGUCUGCCUGCCUGCGGGACACCGCACACUCUGGAAGAAGAAAGAACACCAAGAUGUCAAGUUCCUGCAUAAUCAGCCUCUUAGUGAAGGAAAUGUGCUCUAUUUAUUUAAUAAAUGAUUGACAAAAAAAUAA